AUGGAGAACGGAAAAAUCUCUAAUGGAGAUAUCACUGCCUCCUCAGAGGUGAUUAUCGAGCACCACGCUUACCAGGGCAGACUGAACUUCAAAAAAGAUAAAGGCAAAAUAGGAGCAUGGACAGCAAGGGAAAGAAAUGGCGAACAGUGGCUCCAGGUUGAUCUGGGCAGUCAGUUCACAAGAAUAACUGGUGUAGCGACACAAGGAAGAGAAGAUAGAGACAAAUGGGUUACGAAAUAUAAGUUGCAGUACCGUAACGAAACAAAGCAAUUCCAAUACUACAAGGAAAAAGGGCUAAACAUGGUAAAGCACUUUAAUUAUAUUCCUUGAGUGCUCGUGCGUUUAACCGAGCUAUCAAUAUCUCAUUCUGAAAAUAUUAGCUAAAACAGGUGAAUGAUUUGAACCAAGGAGUCAUUUCAUACUAGGUUGACUGACAUAAUUUUCCGGGGUAGCCAUUUUUGGGACACUCAGAGGACGUUGAUAUAAUUUAGACGUCAGUUUGGUCAAUUAAAUCGCGAUGGUGUUGGUCGUCUGUCAGUUAAGCCGUGAUGUUCACUUGUUGGCUAUGAACACUCUGAAUGUGAUUGUCCGUUUCGAACCGUAACGACUUUUCUACGCGAAUCACUGAACAGAAAAACGGACGACAAUAAAUGGUGACUUCGACAUUCACAAAAUUAAUGCACAUUGCCAAACACCAUUUACAGUCGAAGCAAAAAAUAAAUCAAUUGUCACCCUGCGAUAGUGUUAUACUGGUUUACUAACUUAUAAAAAAGGCUGCUGAAUACAAAUUGCGGUACAGUAACAAAACACAGCAAUUCCAAUACUACAAGGAAGAACAUCACUUCAUAGAAAAGGUAAUAGAUUUUAAAACUGGAAGCGUUAAAAAAACAUUUCAAAAGAAAGAAGUACUAAAGACUGACUAAUCCUAAGAUACAAGCUGAACAGUCUAGUGUUGAUACAGUAAUCCAAAGAUAAAAAACAAACAGAAAUGAUAAAACAAAUAAGGAUGUAAAAGAAGGUCAGGUAAUUGUUAAGAAACUCAAAUUCUGAUGAAAUGUCAUCAAUUUGCAGGAAUUUGUUGGAAACAACGACAGUAACACGGUUGUCCGGCAUAACCUGACAAAAGUUAUUACGGCUCGUUUCAUUCGCUUUCAACCGACAGGAUGGCAGGUUGACAUAUCAAUGAGAGUUGAGCUCUAUGGCUGUUAUGCCGGUAAUGUAUGGUGUCUUCGGUUGCUGCAAUACUAAACAGCGAGUAUAGAUAUAGAACAGACGAUGAGCAAAAGUCAUAAGUUCAAGCAACAUCCCACAGAAUGGUACACAAAAAUAUCAAUAAGAGUCUAAAUAUAUGAUCGUAAUGGUAAAUAAUGGCAUUUCGUGGCCUAGUUACUAAUAAAGAGAAAAAUGGAAAAAAUUGUGGUUAUAAAUCGUUGGAGUUACAAUGAAAAUAGAAGUAUCGCUAUAUGUCUUACAUUUAUAGUCACUUGGUUUGAUUAAGUGUCAUGAUCUUUCGGCUUUAUUGACCGUUAGUCUUCUUAAGGCGAUGAAGCCAUUAUGCAGUCUGAAGGCAGGUUGGUUCGUGAAGCACUGUACAUGUGGUGUCAUAUGGUUCGAUCCAUGACAUCCCCCGAAUACGAUAUAGGUGCAUGCUCUUAUUACUCUAAAUCUUAAAGUUAACUCUCUCUAUAAAAAAAAAUGCGAAAUAUUAAAAUUCGAUAAUAUUUUUUCCUUUUUUUCACAUAACAGAGAACAAUAGAUGCCAAGAUGCCAGCACUAACUGUGACGUGAAUGGUAUUUGUCCUUUCAGCUUUUUAUCCGUUUGAAAAUAAAAAUAAAAUAAUUUCUUUUUUUUUUUUACGGAGGUAACCAACUGAACGGAAAAUAUAAAGGAAACCUAUCUGAAAUCACAACUACAGCGAGCCUUGCAUUGCCACUGAGAGUACUAAACGAACAAUGUGCAUAAUUUCUCUAAUUGAAAGCUUCAUGCUUUUGAAACAAAUGGGAAAAAGUUGAGCUUGGGCAAAAAAGGCGAUAGUGUCUUUUAUCAGCCCAAAGCCAGAUGAUGAAAAUAGUAUUUUAAGAACAAAUUUCCAGUCAGCAACAAAGUUUAUGUGUACAGUCGUGGACUCCCGGUAACUCGAACCCUCGCUAACGCGAACCUCGCGCUAACUCAAACCAAAACCGAAUUUCCCUGGAUUUCCUUCAUACAUUCAUUGUAAUUUUACCCUCUAUAACUCGAACCCUGGAUAAUUCGAACCCCCCGCUAACUCGAAGUACUUUUUGUUUACCUUUAGGUCAUUUCCAUACAAUUUUACCCUCGAUAACUCGAACCAUGUUUUAAGCGCGUGCCAAGUCAAAAAAGAAGCAUUAAGCUGCAGUUCAAAACAGUGAAUUCAUUUCAAAACAAACGGGUAUUCUUUGUCUUUACUUUUUUGUCAGUCCAAUUAAAUAAAUGUUUAGCCGUGUACUGAUUAAUCAAGCUUUCGUGUUUUUUUUUCUCCAUUUUCAAAAUGGCAAUAUAUGUCUUGCUGCCCUUGAAGUGAAGUGUGCAUGAUACUUGCAUUCCUCUCCCAUCCCAUUUCCUUAUUUCUAGUCAUCUGCUUCGAUCUCCCAAUAAAUCGAACUUUUUCGAUUUCCCUUGAAGGUUAGAUAUCGGGAGUCCACUGUACAGUUCUCGUCCUCGAAGCGUACCUCCCUCAUUCAAUAAUUGGAUAGCUUUGGAUAUUCUUAGCGUCAGAAAAGCACAAAACUAGAAUACCAGAGAGUACGACGGUUUCCUCUUAAAUACAUUGAAACACCUUCUAAGGCAGUCCAGAACACUUUUAGAGCUCUAGAAGUGCAUCCUAAGUGGCGAUAAAAAUAAAAUUUGAACCUCUUCGGUCAUCCUAGGGGAACAUGAGUCCUUUCGAAAUUUCAGGGGCUUGAGUUUUAUUGUCCCGAAAAUUUUAGACGCAUUAUUUGACGCAUUAUGAAAGUGGGAAUUUUCUGCUUCCUCUCUCCAUCACAUUUUUGAAUCCGAAAAUUUUGGAGUUUCCCUUUUUCGACGAAAAAUAGCCUAACCUGGGGAGUGAAAAAAUAAACUGAAGAAAUUCUUAGCCGUCCUCAAGUAAUAGAAAAUUCUAGGCAAUAUCUGCUUCUCGUAACAGAUAUUUUACAGAAAGUAGCUAGUCCUUAGGCGCCCCUGUAAACGAGGAUUGAUACAGUUUAAUAUUGUCGGUUUCCGUUGGUUAAGUUCAAAUCUUUAGUUAACAGUCAAUGACGCUAGGAUAAUUUUAUAUAAACAUUUGAAUUAUUAAUGAUUAACAAUUUUUUUUGUAACAACUAGAGUGCCACGAUAUAUAUCCUCUGGGAAUGGAAAAGGGCCAGAUCCCUGAUGGAAAUAUCACCGCUUCUUCAGAGAAGUUUUGCACUUACCAUGCCUUCCAGGGUAGACUGAACUUCAAAGUAGAUGGAGCCAGGGUCAAUAGAGGAGGGUGGACAGCGUGGGAAACAGAUGUCAAUCAGUGGCUUCAGGUUGAUCUGGGCAGUCAGUUCACAAGAGUAACUGGUGUAGCGACACAAGGAAGAGAAGAUAGUGACCAAUGGGUUAUGAAAUAUAAGUUGCAGUACAGUAACGAAACAAAGCAAUUCCAAUACUACAAGAAAAAAGGGCAAAACAUGGUAAAGCACUAUUAACUAUAUUCCUUGAGUGCUCGUGCGUUUAACCGAGCUAUCAAUAUCUCAUUCUGGAAAUAUUAGCUAAAACAGGUGAAUGGUUUGAACCAAGGAGUCAUUUCAUACUAGGUUGACUGACAUGAAUUUCCGGGUGAGCCAUUUUCAGACACUCAGAGAACUUUGAUAUAAUUUAGACGUCAGUUUGGUCAAUUAAAUGGCGAUGGUAUUGGUCGUCUGUCAGUUAAGCUGUGAUGUUCACUUGUUGGCUAUGAACAUUCUAAAUGCGAUAGGUCCGUUUCGAACCGUAACGACUUUUGUACGCGAAUCACUGAACGCAAAACUGAACGAACGACAAUAAAUGGUGACCUCGACAUUCACAAAAUUAAUGCACAUUGCCGAACACCAUUUACAGUCGAACCAAAAAAUAAACCAAUUGUCACCUUACGAUAGUGUUCUACAGACUGGUUUACUAGAUUAUAAAAAAGGCUCCUGAAUCAAAAUCAGCAGUUAUGGGCACCUUAAUUACAAAUGACUUGUUCACGGACUCAAGCAAAAUUGCCAACAAUAAAAUGAGUACACGACGGACCAUUCGACUCACAUGACUAAAAUGACCGUUAUAACUGUGACAAAAGACGGAUCAUUCGGAUCAUUCGGAUCAUUACGCCGCUUUUAACCUAUGAAUUCAUCGGUCACUGAAUUUAGAGCAAUCUGUGAUUAGAUUUUUUACUUUAAGGUUGCCUUUAGUGUAAUUUUUUUCUUAAAGUGUGGAUAGCUAUGCGGUUCCCUGCCAAAACUUGAGGGUGCCUGAAUGUGACAUUUUACAUCGACAUAAAUGCCUGCUUCCGUCCACGCUUCUACCACCAAAAUACCGACCGGGGAUAUUAUUAGGAUAGCAGAAAAGUCGAACCUUCUUCGAUAAAGUUUCGAUAAUUAAAAAAGGACACCGAAACUGGACCUGAACGCACGCAACAGUGUAGAGCAUAUUCAAAACAGUCAUUACUAGCGCUACCAGUGUUCUCAUUACCUCAAAGUAAAUAUCUAUUUAUAAAACUACAAGCGGCGUUUGUAAAAGCUGUUGCACAACAGAAGCAAUACUACACUUUUGGCGUUACAAUGCUUCAUUAAAUGUAAACGAAAUAACAAUAACGCGAAUAGCAUAGCAGUUAUUGUCCGUAUGCAGAAAAUAGGUGGUUGGCUCUUCUACUCCCUCUUUGACAUCUUUGCGUACUCUUGUUUGAAAUUGAAGCCAAUAUACAUAACUUACUUGAACGCAACGCCUUGUUUGAAACCAGAUGAAAUUGGUUUCAUGUUUGAUUGUUGCAGUGUUGGACGUUCGAUUAUGUCCGAUUGUUUAAGUGUUCGAUUUACGAACGAUCGAAUGUGUUUGAUUGGCAAAAUUUUUAGGCGAGUUCGGUUAAGUUCGAUUCCCGAACCCAAUCGAAGUCAAUCGAACGAUUGGAGUUUGAUUGGAUUCGAUUACCGAACGUUUGAUCAGCUAGGCCGGCAUGGAACAGGUACGUCAAUGAAAAUCUCGAUCUCUUUUCUAGUUUCUUGCUAGUCUGGCCUGGUUGCUGUGGUUGUUGCUCUCUGUCUGCCUGAAUAGGUAUAACCGUACCAGCAUAUAAGAGUUGAUGACCUCUUAUCCAAUGCACUUCAAUUUUGUUGUUUUAUUAUUACCUGCACUGUCCAUAUCAUACUUCUUACUAAUCUUCGGACGCAGCAGAUAUAAGUACGGCAACUUACGGUAGCUACUUUGGAUCUAAUUUACCUAUCUUAAUUACACAAGGCCACUAUAACGUCUUGAUAUAGGGUUGAUAUAAACCUAAAUGGUAACCGAUCGAGUGCGCUUAAGAGAUAUUUUUGUAUUGUUGCAUAGACAGUGAUAAAACGGAAAGAUUAUAAGCAAUUAAUCAGAAUUAUAAACGAUUAAUCAGAAAUAAGCAAACAUUUGUAAUCUUCUGACAAAUCCUUAAACUUAUAGGUAUUCAGUGGAAACAAUGACCGUAAUACUGUCGUUCGUCAUAACCUAACCAAAGUAAUUACGGCCCGUUAUAUUCGCUUUCAACCGACUGAUUGGCACGAACAGAUAUCAAUGAGAGUUGAGCUAUAUGGCUGUUAUGGUAAAGUAUCUCCACAGCUGCUACAUAAUUUUAAGUAA